CCCGCUCGCUCGCUCCCGAGUCUCCGCAGGACCAGGUUUCUUUAAAAGGAAUUGAAGACAGUCAUUCAAAAUGCCUGAAAAUCCUGGUCCAGAUAAACUGCAGGUCCUACAAGUUCUUGAUCGCCUAAAAAUGAAACUGCAGGAGAAGGGGGACACAUCGCAGAAUGAGAAGCUCUCUCUGUUUUAUGAGACACUAAAGAGCCCCCUCUUCAAUCAGAUACUCACGCUUCAGCAGUCCAUCAAGCAACUGAAAGGGCAACUCAGCCAUAUACCCUCAGAUUGUUUGGCCAACUUUGAUUUUUCUAGGAAAGGUCUAUUAGUGUUUACAGAUGGUGCCAUUACUAAUGGGAAUGCCCAAAGACCCUCUAAUAAUUUGACUGUCUCUGGGUUAUUUCCUUGGACUCCUAAGUCAAGAAAUGAAGACUUUAACUCAGUCAUUCAACAGAUGGCGCAGGGCCGGCAAAUUGAAUAUAUCGAUAUAGAACGGCCUUCAUCCGGAGGCCUUGGAUUCAGUGUGGUGGCCCUGAGAAGUCAAAAUCUGGGAGAAGUUGAUAUCUUGGUGAAGGAAGUGCAGCCAGGGAGUAUAGCAGACAGGGAUCAAAGAUUAAGGGAAAAUGACCAAAUAUUGGCUAUUAAUCACACACCACUGGAUCAGAACAUUUCCCAUCAGCGAGCAAUUGCGUUAUUACAACAAACCACUGGAUCUUUGCAUCUGGUUGUGGCCAGGGAACCCGUCCACAGAAAAAGCAGUACUUCUACCAGCCUAACUGAUACCACUCUGCCUGAAACAGUUCAUUGGGGCCAUAUUGAAGAUGUUGAGCUCAUUAAUGAUGGCUCUGGAUUAGGUUUUGGAAUAGUUGGAGGAAAAUCAAGUGGUGUGGUUGUGAGGACGAUCGUUCCUGGAGGAUUAGCAGAUCGAGAUGGAAGACUCCAGACAGGGGACCACAUCUUGAAGAUUGGUGGCACAGAUGUGCAGGGAAUGACCAGCGAGCAAGUUGCGCAAGUGCUAAGGAACUGUGGAAACUCAGUCCGGAUGCUUGUUGCAAGAGACCCAGUUGGUGCAAUUUCUGUAACCCCUCCCACCCCUGCAGCCUUACCUGUUGCCCUGCCUGCUGUAGCUCACAGGAGCCCUAGUGCUGACAGUUCUCUUUUUGAAACUUACGAUGUUGAACUCAUUAGAAAAGAUGGACAGAGUCUUGGGAUUAGAAUUGUUGGCUAUAUCGGAAGUGCUCAUACAGGGGAGGCUUCAGGGAUUUAUGUGAAAAGUAUAAUACCUGGCAGUGCUGCUUACCACAAUGGCCAAAUUCAAGUGAACGACAAAAUAGUUGCUGUCGAUGGUGUGAAUAUUCAGGGUUUUGCGAACCAGGAUGUUGUUGAAGUAUUACGAAAUGCAGGGCAAGUGGUACACCUAACCCUAAUUCGAAGGAAGACGUCUUCGUCUGCUUCUCCACUUGAAUGGCCUUCAGACACAGGAACUGCUGUAGAACCAUCGGAAACACGAGCCCGCUACCUAACUGGAGCAGUGGAAACUGAAACUGACUUGGAUGGCGGGGAUGAGGAAACUGAAAAAAGAAUGGAUAUUCUGAAAAAUGACAACAUACAAGCCUUAGAAAAAUUAGAAAAGGUCCCAGACUCUACAGAAAAUGAGCUGAAAUCUAGAUGGGAAAACCUCUUGGGCCCGGAUUAUGAAGUAAUGGUGGCUACUUUGGAUACGCAGAUUGCAGAUGACGCCGAGUUACAGAAAUAUUCAAAGCUGCUGCCGAUUCAUACUCUGAGGCUUGGCAUGGAAGUGGAUUCCUUUGAUGGGCACCAUUAUAUCUCUUCAGUUGCUCCAGGUGGUCCUCUUGAUACACUGAACCUCCUGCAGCCAGAGGAUGAGCUUCUUGAGGUCAAUGGCGUGCAACUGUAUGGGAAAUCUCGCCGAGAAGCAGUCUCUUUUCUCAAAGAGGUGCCUCCUCCCUUUACCUUGGUUUGCUGUCGACGAUUAUUUGAUGAUGAAGCUUCUGUGGAUGAACCAAGGAACACUGAAGCCCCUCUUCCCAAGAUGGAGGCUGACCACAGUGUAGGCAUCAAUACUGAAGAUGAUGAUGAUGGGGAAUUAGCACUAUGGUCUCCUGAAGUCAAGAUUGUUGAACUCGUAAAAGAUCAUAAAGGCUUGGGAUUCAGCAUCUUGGAUUACCAGGACCCUUUAGAUCCCACAAGAUCAGUGAUUGUGAUCCGUUCCCUGGUGGCACAUGGUGUCGCAGAAAGAGGGGGAGAGCUGUUACCUGGAGACCGCCUGGUCUCUGUUAAUGAAUACUGUUUGGAAAACACCACACUUGCUGAAGCUGUGGAAGUGUUGAAAGCUGUGUCACCAGGCAUCGUACGCCUUGGCAUCUGUAAGCCUUUGGAAGAUGAUAAAGAGGAAGAAAGUCAUUAUAUUUUACAUUCAAACAAUAAUGAAGACAAGACUGAACUUUCAGGAACAAUUCAUGAUACAAAUUCAUCUUUAAUACUUGAAGCACCCAAGGAAUUUAGAGAUGAACCCUAUUAUAAAGAGGAGCUUGUAGAUGAACCGUUCCUCGAUUUGGGAAAGGCUUUUCAGUCCCAACAGAAAGAGAGAGACAAUAGCAAGGAGGCCUGGGAGAUGCAUGAAUUUCUGACUCCUAGAUUGCAGGAGAUGGGGGAAGAAAGAGAGAUGCUUGUUGAUGAAGAAUAUGAGCUAUAUCAAGAUCACUUUCCGUCCAUGGACUUGUAUCCCUCAUCACACCUUCAAGAGGCUGCUCCUGUUUCCUCUGUGAAGGAACUUCACUUUGGCACUCAGUGGUUACAGGACAACGAACCACCUGAGCUUCAAGAAGCAAGAUCCAUGAGGAGUAUGUAUUCCCAGGAGACGCAGCAGUGUAGCUAUAGCGCUGGAAACAUGAUGAAAGAAAAUUUUGGCAUCGGUUCCCCACCCUCCAUACCCUCAUCUGAAGGAGGCAGUCAACAAAGCAGAUUUGAUGAUCUGGAAAAUCUUAAUUCAUUAACAAAAAGCAGUCUGGAUUUAGGCAUGAUGAUUCCAAAUGAUAUCCAAGGCCCUGGCUUGCUUGUUGAACUCCCUGCUGUGGCUCAAAGAAUGGAGCAAGAUUCGCCCUUAUACCAACUCCCCAGGACCCGAGUUGUUUCCAAGGCCUCGGCAUACAUAGGAACAUCAUCUAGAUAUACCACUGAUGCCUGUGAGUUACCUGAAAGAGAAGAAGGUGAAGGAGAAGAAACUCCAAACUUCAGCCACUGGGGUCCACCAAGAAUUGUUGAGAUAUUUAGGGAACCCAAUGUGUCUCUUGGUAUUAGUAUUGUUGGUGGACAAACUGUUAUAAAACGCCUGAAGAAUGGAGAGGAACUUAAAGGUAUAUUUAUCAAACAAGUUUUAGAAGACAGUCCAGCAGGAAAAACAAAUGCUCUUAAAACAGGAGAUAAAAUACUUGAGGUGUCUGGAGUAGAUUUGCAGAAUGCCUCACACAGAGAAGCAGUGGAGGCCAUUAAGAAUGCGGGAAAUCCUGUGGUGUUCGUUGUUCAGAGCUUGUCAUCCACUCCAAGAGUCAUUCCUAGUGUGCCUAACAAGGCUAACAAAAUCACUAAUAACCAGGACCAAAACACUGAAGAAAAAAAAGAAAAGAGACAAGGAACAGCUCCACCUCCAGUGAAACUGCCACCUCCUUAUAAAGCUCCGUCUGAGGACAGUGACGAAAAUGAAGAAGAAUAUGCAUUUACCAACAAAAAAAUCAGGCAAAGGUAUGCAGACCUACCUGGAGAAUUGCACAUUAUUGAGCUUGAAAAGGAUAAGAAUGGACUUGGACUCAGCCUUGCUGGUAAUAAAGACCGGUCGCGCUUGAGCAUAUUUGUGGUGGGAAUUAACCCAGAAGGACCUGCUGCCACAGAUGGGCGAAUGCGUAUUGGAGAUGAACUGUUGGAGAUAAACAAUCAGAUCCUGUAUGGAAGAAGUCACCAAAAUGCAUCUGCCAUUAUUAAGACCGCCCCAUCAAAGGUCAAGCUGGUUUUCAUCAGAAAUGAAGAUGCAGUCAAUCAGAUGGCUGUUACCCCCUUUCCAGUACCAUCAAGCUCCCCGUCUUCUGUUGAGGAUCAGAGCGGUACUGAACCUGUUAGCAGUGAGGAAGAUGGCAGUCUCGAAGUUGGUAUUGAACAGUUGCCUGAAAAUGAAAGCUCCAAACUGGCUGUCAGCCAGAUGAAACAGCAAAAAUAUUCAACAAAAGUCUCCUUCAGUUCACAAGAGUUAUCUUUAGCACCAGCUCCAUCAUACCAUUCCACGGAUGUGGAUUUCACAAGCUAUGGUGGUUUCCAGGCCCCUCUGUCGGUGGACCCAGCCACCUGUCCCAUUGUUCCUGGCCAGGAAAUGAUUAUAGAAAUAUCCAAGGGACGUUCAGGUCUUGGUCUCAGCAUUGUGGGAGGAAAAGACACACCUUUGGAUGCUAUAGUUAUACACGAAGUCUACGAAGAAGGAGCAGCAGCCAGAGAUGGAAGACUUUGGGCUGGUGACCAGAUAUUAGAGGUUAAUGGGAUUGACCUGAGGAGUGCCAGCCACGAAGAAGCCAUCACAGCCCUGAGGCAGACCCCCCAGAAGGUGCGACUGGUCGUGUAUAGAGAUGAGGCACACUACAGGGAUGAGGAGAACUUGGAGGUUUUCCCGGUGGAUCUGCAGAAAAAGGCUGGCCGAGGACUGGGUCUGAGCAUCGUUGGGAAGCGAAAUGGAAGUGGAGUGUUUAUUUCUGACAUCGUGAAAGGUGGAGCUGCAGACCUUGAUAGGAGAUUGAUUCAGGGAGAUCAAAUCUUAUCUGUGAAUGGGGAGGACAUGAGAAAUGCUUCACAAGAGACAGUGGCCACUGUCCUCAAGUGUGCACAGGGGCUGGUGCAGCUAGAGAUUGGAAGACUCCGAGCUGGUUCCUGGACCUCCUCAAGGAAGACCUCACAGAAUAGUCAGGGAAGCCAGCACAGCGCGCACAGCAACUUCCAUCCCUCCCUGGCUCCUGUCAUCACCAGCCUGCAAAACCUGGUUGGCACAAAAAGAGCUACAGAUCCUUCCCCCAAAAGUUCAGGCACAGAUAUGGGACCAAGGACUGUUGAGAUCAUCAGGGAGCUCAGCGAUGCCCUUGGAAUCAGUAUCGCCGGAGGAAAAGGAAGUCCCUUAGGAGAUAUCCCAAUAUUUAUUGCCAUGAUUCAGGCCAGUGGUGUGGCUGCCCGUACACAGAAGCUUAAGGUUGGAGAUCGGAUUGUCAGCAUUAAUGGGCAACCUUUGGAUGGGCUGUCUCACGCGGAUGUGGUUAAUCUGCUAAAGAACGCCUACGGGCGCAUUAUCCUGCAGGUUGUAGCAGAUACCAACAUAAGCGCCAUAGCAACUCAGCUUGAAAACAUGUCUACAAGCUACCACCUUGGUUCUCCCGCUGCUGAACACCAUCCAGAAGACACAGAAACACCUCCACCUAAGAUUAUUACUUUGGAGAAAGGCUCUGAAGGAUUGGGGUUUAGUAUUGUAGGGGGUUAUGGAAGUCCCCAUGGAGACCUGCCAAUUUAUGUCAAGACUAUAUUUGCAAAGGGAGCAGCUGCAGAUGAUGGCCAGUUGAAGCGAGGCGAUCAGAUUUUAGCUGUCAAUGGCGAGACGCUGGAAGGUGUUACUCAUGAGCAAGCUGUGGCCAUUCUAAAACGCCAGAAAGGGACUGUAAUCUUAACUGUGCUGUCGUGAGCCCCGGGUCCUAAUCACAAGAUAGAUGUUGUAGAGUAUCCAUAGGAAGAUGAAACUCUGAGAGAGGAUGAAAAGCAGCCUCCACUAGAAUCCACCUUCAUUUACCUCCUCACCCUCUUUGCUCAGGAGAGGCGGCUAGAUUUCACGUGAAUUGUCCAAAUCAACCUUCAGCCUCUUGGUGAGGUGAAUUUCUAAACCUAGAACGAGUCUUACCUGAUUUGCAUCUCACAUCCAUGUUUAGCCACUAGUAGUAACUGGUUCUGAUUCUAUUUGCUGCAACCGAAGUUAACCACCUCUCAUUCCUGUGCCCUUCUCUGCCCAUCCCUCCUCGCUAAGAGGCUUACAGCAAGCUCACAUGUCCUCUGAUGAACAGAAACAAAUGUUAAGCAACUUGUCAUCUCACUCAUGAUUUACUUAUGCUAAUUCUCUUCAGGUAUGCCAGAAAACAUUAAUAGUGUAAUUAACUUACCAUUGAUCCCCAUGAUGAAACACCCAAGUCUCCUAUGGGAAAUUAUUGUGCUCUUUUCUGCACAACUUAGAGUCAGAUAUGUCUCAAAUUUGUUUCUCUGGAUAGAUCUUUAUAAGCUAGUCAUUGGUGAUUAUGAUGAGUCCAUUUGCAGACUGUAAUCUGAAAAUUCUGGAUGGCUUUCUAGUUGUUUUCUUGGCUACAUAAACGUAUACCACUGAGCAAAUGCACCUUGUUCUCCACAGGAACAAUUAGCAUCCAUGUUCUGAAUUCUAACCGUGCUAACUCAUGUUCAAGUCCAGGAAGUUCAGCUGGAGUUAAUGGCAUCUCAGUAGGCAGGCAUCAUUGCCUCCCCUUCAGUCUUCAGACAAGCAGGUAGAAGCCCCAGAACCAGUCUGCAGAGAUCAGUAAGUUUUCCCUCAAGUCAGAUGAGGUCUGGGUGGCCUUGGGCUUGUGCAAAGUGGAGUGACAAAUUUGAGCAUCCUUCCCCUUGGCUCCCUACUGGUCAAGCUAGCAGCACAAACUGUAGGAACAUAGGGAUGGAGCAGCAUGCUUGGCCACCAAGUGACUGUGGAAAUGAACUCAGCCUAAGAAUCAGUGAGGGGGCUACUUGACUAAUGUUUCCUGAUCCUCAGGAAGCCCCUCAUUUGCUAAAGUUUUACAUGCUAAGAAAGCAACGGCAGCAGAAAAUACAAAAAUACCUUUAAAGUUGAAUAGAGGCAUUCUUAUUUAGGUAUUAGCAGGAGGUGGGGGGGGGUGGGGAGAUGCUUAUCAGUGAAUGUUAUAGGUUCUUCUGUAAAAAAUGUACCAUGAAAGAUGAGGACCAGGAUCAGUAAUAGAAGUAGUUUAGUAUCUUUGAACUAAAACACAAUGCUGCAAAUGGUUCACAGUCGUUAACAAAAUGGAAUGGGCUCUGAUUUUAAAAUGUUAUUUAAUAAUUACAGAUUUUAAUUGAGAAUUACCUUUGAGUAGAAGUAAUCACAAAGUGCAUUAACUCUUGUCAGAAUAUUUUGUGGUUAUUCCAAAGUAUAGAGUGCCUAAAUUUUAUGUUGAAUAAUGUGUUUCAUGACUGGUAUUAAGUUUUCUGAAGUGACAUAUGGCUUUUGGAAUUUCUAACAUACCCAAGACGUGCAAUGUUGUUAGAACCUUAUCUUUCAGUGCAUGAGAAGCUAUCAACCUCAGAAGUUCUAUGCUAAUUGUACCUGCGAGAACACCUGAGGCAGCCAAGAAGAAAUGAAGCCCAAAUAAAACUUGAAAAUGCACCUUAAAAAAAGUGUGUGUGUCUGUGCACACGCAUGUGUAUACACACACACACAUAAGACUUCAGAUAUUUUGAAAUGUGAUUCUGCUUGAUUGUGAUGGAAUGGCCAUUAA